AUGUCUUCCUACGGACAGAUGAUUAGCUCCCGCUGUACUGAGCCAUGUGAAGUAACAUGCCCACAACCAUAUGUCAACUGUUGGAAUGAACCUUGUGUCAGCUCGUGUGGAGAUUCAAGAGCAAUCGUGUAUGCGCCGCCUGUUGUUGUGACUUUUCCAGGACCCAUUAUCAGCUCCUGCCCUCAGGAAAGUUUUGUGGGAACUGCCAUGCCUGAAAUUGAGGGUCAGAUGGGCUCUGGAGGUGGAGGAAUGGGUUCCGGAGGUGGAAUGGGCUCCGGAGGUGGAGGAAUGGGCUCCGGUGGCUCCUGUGGUGGAGGCAGCUCCUACGGGAUGGGCUCUCAUGGUUCAAGCGGUUCUUGUGGUGGCAUGGGAGGGGGCUCAUAUGGUGGGGAGGGCUCAUGUGGUGGUGGACUCUCCCGUUUGGGAAGCUUUUACCGAAACUCAUAUUUUUCAGGAUAUGGUAGAUAUUAUUCUCCCUUUUUUUCCAGAGGGUAUUAUCGGUAUCGUUAUGGAACCUAUGGGCCAUUUUAA